CCGCCAUCAUCGGCCACUCAUCGUCGCCGGUAGCACCAACGUGCGCUGUUGAUACGGCCAAUCGCCCACUACGCUAAGCCGCCGCCCCUCCAUAGUGGCCCUCACCGCCUGCUCCAUUAGGCUGAUCCCAUUGCAUGCCGUGCUACAGUGGCGCGGGGCCCCCACCUCCAAAACACCUAGUGGAAAUCUUUUUUUGCUUGAGCCGUGAAAGCUGCUCGUCAUUGCCGCGACUCAACGUUACCGCUGGCUUGAUUCACGUGCUCGUCGACAUUCCGGCCGCAUACGCUCCUUCUGCAUCUCGUCACCUGUAACUUGCCAAAUCCUCCACCAUGAGCAAGUUUGGCGCCAUGAUCAUGGGCCCUGCGGGGGCGGGCAAGUCGACCUUUUGUGCCGCCCUCAUCACUCAUCUCCAGCUCAACCGCCGGUCUACCUUUUACGUGAACCUCGACCCGGCUGCCGAGUCGUUUGAGCACACGCCCGACCUGGACAUCAAGGAGCUCAUCUCUCUUAAGGAUGCCAUGGAAGAGGUCGGCCUCGGGCCCAACGGCGGUCUCAUUUACUGCUUCGAGUUUCUUAUGGAAAACUUGGAUUGGUUGACUGAAGCUCUGGACUCUUUGACAGAAGAGUACCUCAUCAUCUUCGACAUGCCUGGCCAGAUCGAGCUGUACACUCACAUUCCCAUCCUGCCGACACUUAUGAGGUUCCUAUCUCAAUCCGGCGCAUUGGACAUCCGUAUGGCAGCUGUCUACCUUCUCGAGGCGACGUUUGUCGUCGACCGUGCCAAGUUCUUCUCUGGAACACUGAGCGCCAUGAGUGCCAUGCUGAUGCUUGAGGUUCCGCACAUCAACGUGCUCUCCAAGAUGGACCUUGUCAAGGGCCAAGUGAAGAACAAAGACCUCAAGAACUUCCUGACACCCGAUCUCGCGCUCCUCGAAGACGAUCCGCUUGAGCGCAAGCGCCUCACUGAAGACGUGCCGGAAGACGACGAGUCGAAGCGACCCGACGACCGCGAACAAGUCAUGAAGGGCGCCAGCUUCCGACGCUUGAACCGCGCUGUGGCUAGCUUGAUUGAGAGCUUCAGCAUGGUAAACUACCUAAAGCUGGACGUGACCAACGAGGACAGUGUCGCUGCCAUUCUCAGCUACAUCGACGACUGUAUUCAAUACCACGAGGCACAGGAUCCCAAAGAACCCGACGAUGAGAACGAGCUCGAUGAAGAGGACGACGAUUAAACCACAGAAGGCGUCGUCUCCCUCCUUGGGCACUGCUUCUUAUGAUGUUUCUUUUGCUUAUUUUACAUGCAUAGCGUAGGCGUUCUUGGAUGAUAUCUAUUCACCAUAUACAUAUAUGGUUCUCCCAAAAUAAAAAUUCAAGCCAUUAUAAUUAAACUCUCUCUCUCAUUCUCCUCAUCAUCGUUAUCAUCAUCAUCAUCGUCACGCGAAACCUGCACCCAGAAGUAAUAUAUAACACAAAAAUAACCGUAGAUCUCAUUUCACAUACACCCGCCGCCCUCGCUCCGCAGAGCCCCCAUAAUAAAAGAGGAAUUUCGAUAUACAUCUAUCUUCCCGACCUUCUGCCCUUGCUCAUGACGCGCUGGGGCUCGAAUCUGCCAUUCUGCUGGCCCUCGUAUCUGUUAUAUUCCUCGAUCCAGAUAUCCUUCACCACCGCCAAAUAACCAGCAACCUUGCCGCCGAGAACAACCACAUCUCUCACACUCUCCUCGACACCACGGUUCCAGACCCAUGCGGCCAGCGCAAAAACAGUCGCCCAGAACACGGCCCGAAAAGCCAGCUUUGUCCACCACACCACCAUCCUCCUGAUCCAGUUCAUCACAAUCACCGACACGGCCAAGAUGGCCAGCGGCACCAGCAAGCUGCCCAGGGCCCCUGCGGCCGGCGAGCUCUCGGCUGCCGACGACAUGGCCGACACGAGACGCUCCACGCGCGGCUGGACAUAGGGGUAUGCUCGCUCGGCGGCGCGCGAGGCCUGCGACCGGGCCUGUGUCAUGUAGAUUUGCAGCGGCGCGUCGGCGCGCAGCGCAUGCUUGUUGACGUAUUCGACGACGUUGGCGGGCAGCAGCAUGCUCAGCAGCCUAACCAGAGUGGAAGCGUCCAUCGUAGCGGUGCGUCGUUGGUUGCAACGGUCGCGCCGUGGCGGCAAAUAAAAAAAAGGUUAUAUCGUAAUCGUAGCGGUCGGUCGCGCGUUCGAGCCUGCUCUAGUGCGUGGACGAUGAAGGCGGGAAAAUGGCAAGGCCUUAGCGAUUUUGCGCGUGUGUUUGCAAGUGGUAACGUGUUGGGAUGUCAGGUGGUUGUACGUACUUUCGUAACUUGGCUGCGCUCCAAAGGAAGAGGAAGAAAAAACGCGAGAGCACCACGGCAGUAGUAGUGCACAGCACAGCGCCUGAAUGGGGGCCUUUUUCAGUGGACGACAGGCGCUGGGCGGCCGGGCCGAGCAGUGGGG